UUUUGUUUUUUUGGGCGAUAACUACUUAAACCAGUUUUUUUGUGGUUGUAUUUCUCAUAGUGAGCCGGCACAAAUAUACUACUGUAUAUGAUGAUCAAUGAUCAGUAAAAUAAUUUUGAAUCAUCACUAUUAACCACUACAACAACCACACCCACCCACCCACGCGAGAAAACAAAAUGCCAAUCAAUUUAUACUAUAUGUUGGAAAGUCCGCCGUGUCGUACGGUAUUGAUGGUCGCCAAACAAUUGGACAUCCAGUUGACCCUACAUAGUAUCGAUCUGACCAAAGAUGAACACCUGACCCAGGAGUUUGCCCAAAUGAAUCCAUGCCGUCUGGUACCGACUCUGGUCGAUAAGGAUGGCGACGGCGGCGACGGCAACGGUGGCAAUGGUUUCAAACUAUGGGAAAGUCGGGCAAUUGUUACCUAUUUGGUCAACAAAUAUCGACCGAAUCAUCCACUAUAUCCUGUGGCCGUACAAACUCGGGCAACAAUCGACCAGUUUUUGCAGUUUGAUUUGGCAACACUGUACAAGUCUAUCACCGAUUAUGUGGGUCCGAUAUUUUUUGGCGGAGAACUGGAGGAAGCGAAACAUAUAAAAUUAAAGGAAACACUGGAUCUGUUUGAUUCAAUACUCGGCGGCGGUGAAGGCGGCGGCGGCGGUAAACAUGGAUUUGUUUGCAGUGGCAACGGCUACGACCAGUUAACAGUGGCCGACAUAUCGAUGGCAGCCGGUCUGACACUACUGGAACCAAUUGACUACAGUCUGGAUCAAUGGACUAAUAUUAUGAAAUGGUUAGCAAAUGUCAAACAAGAGCUGAAUUCAAACGACAACAACUGUUACGAUGAGAUCAAUGCUAAGGCGAUUGAAAAUACUCGUCAGUAUAUCAGUUAUUUGAAGACCAAAAAAAUCAAUGACUGAUCUAAUCAAAUGAAAUUACUAAAUAUCUUGAACCACAAAAAUACU